GCCCCCCUCCGAGCCCGCUCCCGCCGCGCACCGCCGCGGCGCCGCCAGCCGCACCACCGCCACUGAAUAACAGAAAACUACCACCGCCAGCGUCCGCGAACUGUCCACGCUCCACUAAUGCUGUAACUGUGAUAUUUGUACAAAGUCCGCGCUCCUCCGGUCCGCCGACGCUGGCCAUGCGGGUACACAACGCGAGGGCCGGACCCCACUCGCAGCCUCCCGUUACACGCGCCACUAGCACGCUGUUAUGAGAGACGUUCAGAGCGUACCUGAUUCAUGUACAAAAAUGUUCGAUAUGUCAAUUCAAGAAGUGAACGGGAAAGGACCUAAAAAGAGGAAAAAGUCAUUAGAGCGUAUCUGUGAUAAUGAGGAGCGCGGAACAGAGGCGGCGGCGGCGAGCGCGCCGGAGGAGCAGAGCGGCGGCGCGGCGCCGGGCGGCGUGCGCCUGCUGCACUGGCGGGACAUGCCGCAGCACCUGCAGUUCAACCCCUACGUGCUCACCGGCUACCGCCCGCUGCAGAGCUGGGCCGGUUGCGUCGGCAGCCUCUUCUACUUCCACAACGAGACCAUCAACAUCCUCACUCAUGGAGUAUCUCUAGUGUACAUCCUGAUGGUACUGCCCGGGUUACUGCCGUGGCGCAGCGGGCCGGGUGCCUGGUUCCUAUCGCUGUGCCACCUCCUCGGAGCCCUGGCGCCCUGGUGCGGCUCAUUCCUCUAUCACCUGUUCAUGAACCACACGCGCGGGGAACAGCUGUACCAGCGGCUGCUGCAGCUCGAUAUGCUGGGGAUCUGGGUCAGCCAGAGUAUAGGGGCGAUCCCUAUGGUGACGGCGACGGUGUACUGUGCGCCGGCGCCGCUGCGAUACCUCGCGCUCGCUGUCUACAGCCUCGGCAGUCUGCUCGGACUCUAUAAGGCGAUGCGUGCUUGGUCACCGUGGGAGCGGCGACUGUGCUUCGCAGCACCUUUCUGCAUGCGGGUACUGUUGGCCGGCGCGCGCGCAGCCCGCCUCGGCGGCGGAGACCCGCACGCUAUACUGCACGUCUUUCUGCAGGACGCCGUAUCCCUGGGCGGCGGCGUGAUCGGAGCCAUGCACAUUCCGGAGAAGUGGUUCCCGGGCACGGUGGACCGCUGCCUCAACUCGCACAACAUCAUGCAUGUGCUGGUCGUGCUGGCCGUCUACUCCAUGCACCAGGUAACAACGCGCGACAUAGAAUGGAUGUCUCGCGUGGACUGCCACGCGCCGCUGCGCACUCUCUGACGGCCCGCGCGCGCCUCUCCGCGCCGCGCCGCGCCCGCGCCGCCUCGCGCCCGCUCAUCGCCUCCGUCUACUCACCUCUACUCACUUCUACUGAACUCACGCACGCUAUGUUAAGGCUUCCUAAGCUGUUCGGACUUCCACAGCUAUCAUUGUACAACCGUAAGACCAAACGAGUGGACUAUUCUUUAAUGAUAUUCAUAAAAUCGGGUUUUAAAAACCAAUUUCGGUUUUAUUUGCCAAAAUUAUGCAAAUAAAUUGUCCAAAUAAUACUUUGUUAUAAAAGUUAAAACAGGAUUUGAUAACGCAGUAACUUCAGUUGCGUUUAUAAUAAUAAUAAAAUUAAAAAAAAAUCAAUUUGUCAAAUUCAAAAAAUUACAAAAAAAUACUAAAACUUAUAAGAAAAAUAUUAAAUUAUAAUAAUCUUCUUCUAUGAUUUAUAUCGCCAGUAUUGAAUUCAGGCUACAAGCAUACAGAACGCCUGAAGCGAAUCAACUUUAGUCACAACUCACCACAACUUGGCUCAAACGAAAUAAUUAGGAAGUCUUAAAAAGUCGUAACUUACAAAAUGUCGAGCGUCUUUGUCGGAUAACGGUCUGUCUUCCCAAGUGUUGCGUUAAGGUCGGCUAUAAAGAUAUCGUAAGUAAUCCUCCAGAUAUGUCUUCGCGAAAUUAUGCAUUAUUUUCCGAACGGGGAAAUUCUGUUCUCAGAGGCACGGUAGUUUAAGUAACUUGGACAUCUGAUUGAUUAGAUGCCAAAAUAAGAUGUGCGUGAAUUCUUCCUAAUAAUAUAGUUAUCAUUUGGUCUUAUGGAAAUGGCUGUAGCUUAGUCAAUAAAGUAGCAUGUAGCGUGUUCACGUAGCAGGCAUACGUGACACGUAUGGCAGACAUAUCUACCCCUGCUAUAACGAGGCUCACACAACUAUCUCUGACGUUAUUCCAGUAAAAGUAAUUUCUCAAAGUGAUGUCCACUAUCCAAAUGAUGUAUGAUGCGAUAGUCACGGGUCAGUCAUGUCAACUGCUGAACGCUCCGAAUAAUAUUUUUUUUAUGUCAAUAACAACGACGAUGUACUUAACUAUAGGUACAGAAAGACCUUGUACUACAUACAUUUAUAUAGUCGACAACACGUAAUCAAUAUAAAAUCUUUGAACUUCUAUUCAAAUACUACAUAUUUGGAAACAACUGUACCCUUCAUUUUGUAAGACGGUUGGAAAAUCCGAUAUGACAACUGCAGAUUCCAAUAAAAACAAAACAACACCUUCGAACCACAAUCUACAAAUAAUUGUACGAAAAAAUAGGGGGAAAACAUACCAACCGUUUUACAUAAUGACGGCGAGAUAACAAAUGUUGUUGAAAACAAAUGAACUCGUUAGUGACAAUAUCGCGGCCUACACAUAAUAGUAAUAAAUUAAUACGAGUCAUCAUUAUGAUUGAAGAGAAACCUUAUAAUACCACAUGAUGGACGAAAAGCCAUUUAACAAUAACUAGGUAACUACACUAGAUCAGUUAUUAAUAGUUAAAAUAAUUAGCUCGAUAAGUUAUCGAAUGUAAUAGCAGUUAUUUUAAACGAAACGAACACUUCAAAUCUUAGUAAGCUUAUAAGAAUAGUUAAAUUAUUGUAUUGGAUUAUUACACGUUUUUUAUAGAUUAGGAUAAUAAGAAGUUGGAUUUGCGUAAUCGCUUUUGAAUUUUCGAUGGGUAUGUGAAGUCUACUGAAGUAGAAGAAAUGCUGGGGCGCCCGGGAGUGGGUUCUAAUUGAAAAGUUACGUGACAAUGUUUUCACACUUUCUCGGAAUACGUACACAAUUAGUGAACUCUCAACAUUUUUUUAUAUUUGCUGCUGGAACAUUAACAGUUGAAUUUCGUGCUCUAGUCAUUAUUAUUUAGCAACCCUUACGCGUUGAGUGCUUGCUGUAACAAAUAGCGUCCACUCCCCGUUGCCCCCACACCGUUCCUUGAAUCUAGCUAGUCUAUACUUUGGUUUUUAUAUAUUUCUGACUACAUUCCUACUUGUAUGAUACAAAUAUCUUAAAUCUCCCUUUCAUCCUUGAAAAUUUGAAUCUCAACUUACAUUUUUCCUAUAUUGUGGUCAUCAUAUGAAUAGUGAAAAUGACAAUUGAUUGUAACUUAUACAUAUAUUGUUGAGAAAGCCUUGUUUUUCGCGAUUAUGAGGUCUCAUGACGAGUUUUAAGAAAUAGGAUCGUUACACAGCAAGUUAUGAAUUUUUCAAUUAUUCCGGGAAAGAUACUAUUUCAUGAAACACGUACAAACCUCGUAUAGGUAAAAUAUACUAUAGUUAAAUAUUUCAAUGAUAUUGUCAAUUUAUUUAUUAAACAUAUCAAUAAAAAAAAUGUCUCACGUUAAUUUCUCAAUGUUUUUAGAAAAUCUUGUUAAAUCAACAGUUGCAAUGAACCGGCCGUAAAAUUUAUUAUGCAAGUCUUCGUUAAAUAAAAAUACGAAUAUCGAAAUAAUGGGCAUUUACUGAAUAUGGAUUUACUAUCGGAUGAUGUAGUAUCAGGUAAAUAAUAAACAGCAUUGUUUGUGUGUAUUGUUAUUUACCUCACACAGUCACGUUUAAAAUGGCCGGACCGCUGUAUGAGUCAUGAGAAUAACAACGGUAUAACCUAUGCACCUCUCGGAGAUAACUUAUAUAACUAUCAACACAUUUUUACUUUGAAUUGGCCAUUAACGACGAUGGUGGGUCCUUGCAAGUCCAGGCAUCUUUCACUGCGGCUUUCAACAGUCUUACGACAAACGAAGCCGGCAUUUCAGUUAACUUUGUGACCUUAUUAAAGAAACUCAAAAGCACGUUUCCCCAUAGCUGAAACAGAUAAGAUUAAUGACUUACUUCGCUUAAAUCUAAGUUCAGCCCUUUUUGUGAAUGUAAUAAUGUAUGUAACUAGCUGAAAAACAUGUCAUAGUAGGUACUCAUCCUUUUUUUUUAUCUUUAUUAAUGAAAAAGGAGAUUUGAUCAAACAUGAUCAUGCCAUCUCCAUUAGGCUUACAAAAAUAUGUCUAUACAGAAAUUAUAAUAAUACCUAUUACUAAAAUUAAACUAAGACCUUCUUUUUAGAGCAUACUGAACUAAUUUAUAAAGCAUUCUAGCUUGCUCUGACAAUGGGUAAGCCAGAAUGCUGUUACAUAUACCGCACUCAUGUAAACUAAUGUUGCACGCAGUCUCAAAUAAAUUUCUUUCAGGCCCAUUCCGCACACAUUCCACCAAAAUAUGGUAGACGUCCUCGACUCGAUCACACUCAGAGGUACUCAUACUUGCCAAGUUGAACUGUUUUGUUUUAGCUUUUGUAAUAUCUAUACUAAUAUUAUAAAGCUGAAGAGUUUGUUUGUUUGUUUGUUUGAACGCGCUAAUCUCAGGAACUACUGGUCCGAUUUGAAAAUUUCUUUCAGUGUUAGAUAGCUCAUUUAUCAAGGAAGGCUAUAGGCUAUACUUUUUAUCCCGGUACGGGAAGUAGUUCCCACGGGAUGCGGGUGAAACCGCUGGCAGAAGCUAGUUAUAUAUAAUAGUUUUCUGAAAUGCUCGUUUCUAAGCUCGUAACUGACAUGACAAGGAUUGAAAUUAUCACCACUAUAAAAUCAAAGAGUAGUAAAAUCUUAACAGGUGCGGUAAAGUUUUGUACAUCUAUCAUUUUCUAUAGUUCCACGUGACCAUGUUUUUAAUGUUAUUUCUUUAUAUCGUUACUUGUGAUCUACCGUCAGUGACCAAUCGUUGGUAUAUUUUUAUAUUCUCGGUGUUCUGUGCUUCGCAGCUUGUAUACAAAGGCAUCGCGAGUGAACUUGGAUCCUACUCUCUAGGUACACACCUCUCUUAGUCAGUUCGAUAGUUUAAUUAUAACAACUAGUGGUAAACGUAGCGACAGUAGUUAGGUAGUUUACGAGCAAUAAAUAGACAACAAUUGUUACGAAAUUUGACAAAAGUAGUCGAGCAACCGUUCAACAAACGAUUGCAGACAAUUUUACACAAUAAUUGUUGAUGAAAAUUUUUAACGCAUCUUUUUGAUGGCUUUAAUGUUCUACUUUUGUCAAAGUUCUAUUGUUUUAAUUAAUUAUUUAUUAAACGAAGUAGUGUUUUAGACGAAACGAAGUGUACUUGAGGUUUUUUACUAGUGGUUGUCGACGAGACACUGCCGAUGUCUCCCGAGCGCGCCCGAGCGCUGCUCCACAGACACUCGCUCCCCGACACAGUUCAUCAACUAAUUAAACUCAGUAUUUUAAUUUAUAUUUUUGGAAAACGAUAUUUCAUCUAGGCACAUAUUUACAUUAUCACAAAGAUUAUUUUUCUGUGAAAUUACUUACGUCAAAAGAAUAGAUAAAGGCUUCACUAAUAUUUCGAAACGAAUUGAAUUGAUUGUACAGAUGUUAUUUUGUUAAAUAUUUGUUUGUUAAAUAUUUGAGAUGUUAAUAUUAAGUAUAAUAUUAUUUGUAACUGUUUAUUUGCCUAAAUACCAAUUAUUUACACGGAGUAUAUGAAUUACUGGAAUCACGUUUUAUACUAUAGUAAUUUAGAUGUGCGAGUUGAGGCAUGAGUCGCCCUUGUAAUAACUGUGUAAGAAUUAAUUAAGUGACUAUGGGUACGCGGCUGUGCCGUGGAGGGGAAGAGGGGGCGGACAUAGUUGAUGCACAUAGCUUUCCAAGUUAGACGAAUGAAAAGGAGCUUUAUAUCCGUGGCUACGAGUAGUUCGACACCCUAUGUUAUUAUUUAUUGAGAUCGCAAUAAUUUGUCUCACUUGUAAUUAAGUUAUAAUAAUUUUGUAGUUGUAUCUUUAGCGUUUGAAGAUGUUGGACAUUCCUGAUUUUGUAGUCAUUUAAGAGGAAAAUAAUCUCACGUUUAUUUGUAAGAGUUAUCGUCUCUAGGUGAUAAUGAUGAGCAAUAUGACAGUAUUUAAUACUACAUAACAUAAUUAUUAUUAUGAUUGUUUACGAGGUUACUUUGACAACCAAUGUUACGCGUAUUUGCACUUAUCUUGGAAUUAUUCAUAGUAAUUGACGAUUAUUGAUCAAAAUUCUCAAGCUGUAGACGUUGAAGAGAUUAUUAAAGUUUAUUUGAAUUCA